UGCCGAGCAACUCUGUUAUCACCGCUAACCGGCGUUACCAGAGGUUCCAGGAGUUAAAUGGAAAUUUGCAAUAAACAGUUGUCCAUUGUGACAUACUCAUGAGAGAUGACCAAGCGCAAGCACGGCCACGAUCCGGGUGUAACCGGAGAGAACACCAAGCCAGCAGAUCCUAGCGACGCAGUCGUUGAGGAGCCCAAGGAGCUGGCUGGAGAAGAAACAGAGACGGAGGCAGAGCCUGAAGCGGAGACUUCAUCACCGUCGAAGACAAAUGGUGGACGCAAACGAAAGCGAUAUCUCUACAACGCCAUUAGGGGACAAAUGGAGUUCUAUUUUGGGGAUGCUAACCUAAGUAAAGAUCGUUUCCUGCGACGCUAUGUCGAUCAGGAUCCGUAUGUGCCCCUGGAGAUUUUCCUCUCGUUCAACAAAAUCAAAACGCUCACCCUUGAUGUUGGACAGAUUGCCAAGUCUUUGGGAAACUCCCAGCUCCUGGAGCUGGACGAAAGCGGGCUUAAGGUAAAGAGGAAGACCAAGCUACCGGUACAGAGGGACGUUAACGAUAAGACCUUGUACGUGGAGGCUCUUCCAGCCAAUGCUAGUCACGAUUGGCUCAAGGAGGUCUUCAGCCGCUAUGGACCAGUGGCGUAUGUCUCGCUGCCCCAUUAUCCUGGCACUAAGAAAAUCAAGGAGUUCGCUUUCAUAGAAUUUGAAAAGAGCAGCUCUGUUGAGAAGGCUGUUAAGGCGUUUACGCAAAUUCAAGGAGUCUUGGCGAUGGACACAGAUCCUAGUGAGCUCGCCAGCAUCAAGUCCUUCCAACAACAGCAGCAGCCAGUGCUCCCACAGGAGCAACAGCCGCAGCAGGAAGAGAUGUCAACGGAUGAUCCACCAAAACGAAACCUCAAAAGGGAGGUAACCGAUAAAAACAAAGAAGAAUUGCUCGAUGUAAAGCGCCCAAAGUUGGAGGCUGUCGAACAGCCCGAAGAGACCUCCGCAGCAGAGGAAACGGAUGCCAGCAUGACGGAUGCUGAAGCCACCGCCGAAGCCUCCGAAGGGGAGCGCAAGGAGGACAGUAAAGACGGGGAAGACGCUUCAAAGAAGCGGCGACGAAAGCGCAAGAAAAAGGCAGUGGUAGACAAGCCAAAUAUAGACCCGAGUGCCCUGGAGCUAAAGGUUCUACCCAAAACCAGUUGGAGCAGCCUGCGCAACAAAUACUUGAACCUGCAACGUCGCCUGGUUAGCGAAGCCAAGAGCAAGCUGUGGCGCGAGCAACAUCCUUACCAGCAGCAGCAUCAGCACCCGAUCACCCACCACGCCAAUCCGCCUCAGCCUGAAGUGGCCAAGGAGGAUGAUACCACCAGCAGCGAGGUGUUAAGUGAUGGUGGGGGAGGAGAACCUGUUGUUGAGGCGGGACCCAUCCCGACUAAGCGACGCAAGACGGUGCACAAGAUGAACAUGAACUUCUAUGGUGCCGGCGGCGGAGAGACCACCAAGUCUGAGGAACCGUCACAAGAGCGUACGCCCCUGUUUAAAUACGAACCAGGGCUAAUAGUAGAGUGUGCUCUCUUGGAACCAUGUGCUAGUGUCAAGGAAUUUAAAGCUGAUAUGCGGCAGUACCCAGAGAUCAAGUAUGUGGAUAUCAAAGAGGGCGAACAAGUGGCUCAGCUGCGUCUGGCCACGCCUCAGGGCGCGGAGGAGCUCGUUCGCCAGCUUAAUUGCGCUGAGCGCCAGCUAAAAAUCUUGCGUGGCCAGGCGGAGGCACUCUACUGGCGUAAGAUCGAGCAGGACCGCGAGACCAAGCUCUCUAAGAAAGUGCGCGUUCAACAAAAACGUGGCAGAGAAAAGGUUUCGAAGUUGUUGGGAAAACACAUCAAGUUCGACGAUGGCGAUGAUGGUGAAGCCCAAGUGGCAUCCAUAGAAUAAUAGGAAUAAUCUCCAUCGUUAGGAAACUAUUUCUAACGCAAGAUUAUGCAACAAUUGUAUAUUAAUUACUAUUUUUUAAACAUCAAACAAUAUUUUUAUAUAUUAAGUUUAAAAGUAACAUUUGAAAAUUGUACAGAAAUUA